AUGACAUUGACCCGAACAUUAACUGCUCUUCCUAAAAAAUGCUCGCCAGUCUUGCACCAAUCUCGCACAAUUUCUUCUAUACAUCGACACUAUCGCUUUCAUGUUGGAGCUAGCUGGGCAGGCAAACCUCCGGAUCCUAGCAGUCGUCGUCUGAAGACAAAACCAUUCCAGCCCGACUCUGAGAUCGGGAGUCAUGUUGGAGAGGACUUCUUCUAUGUCCAAGAUAUGCGUGAACGGUCGGGUGUAUCGUUCGGUGUCGCAGAUGGCGUAGGUGGAUGGGUCGACUCUGGAGUAGAUCCAUCGCUAUUUUCUCAAGCUCUCAUGUUCCAUGCCCGUCGAUAUUCUAAGGCUGCAUGGGCCGGUGAACCUGAAAUCGACCCCACACAAGACUACGAGGAGCGUGAGCUGGUAGAGGGAUGGGAAAUUACACCUGCAGAAUGCCUUGAAUUGGCACAUGGCGGUGUCUUACGGGAGCGCGCCGUUCAGGCUGGUGAGGGCUCCUCGACUUGUUCCCCAAUACUCACCAAAUCGCGUGUGGGGUGUAGGCUCAAGUACCGCUUGUCUCCUUACACUGAACGCAUCAUCUGGCGUCCUUCGAGCCGCAAAGCAAGUCUUACAAUAUACACUAUCUUCACAGAAUCUGACGCUCAUCUGCACAGCCUAGGCGAUAGCGGUUUCUCCAUAAUUCGUUCUUCUGCCGUCAUAUAUCAGCAACGCGUUCAGCAACACUUCUUCAACUGCCCAAAACAGCUUUCAAAGCUCCCAACAUCGGUUCCUCGCUUCUCUCGAGCAUGUAUCGACUCGCCGAGAGAUGCUGAGACAUAUGAAACGAAACUCCGGGAUGGUGAUAUCAUCAUUGCUUAUACAGAUGGCCUAUCUGACAAUGUCUUUCCCUCGGAGAUGAUACAGAUCUGUUCCCUCAUAGCACGACAGUCAACCCUCGAAUCUGCAGUGACAGACGAGAAUCGUGUGCUGCUUGAUUCGUCGGAAGGGCGGCAGAUUGUUCAAGAGCAUAUCGAUGAUGUGCUCGUUCAAACUAUUGCGGAGCGAACAGUUGAUUACGCGCGUCUCUGCAUGGGUAAUAAGACUCGAGUCAGCCCAUUUGAGCGAGCGGCGGCCCGCGAGGGCAUGUAUUUCCGCGGUGGGAAAGUAGACGACGUGACGGUAGUCGUUGCACUUGUGCGAGAAAUUUGA